AUGGAAGAAGAUGCCAGCCUGUUCCCUAAGAAGCUUUUGGACGACGCCCCCCUUGUGGAGGAUGAAACAGAUGAACCGGAGGAUCCGGAGUUUUUGCUGGGCUCUGUCCCUGGGGAGGCUGAGAACAAGGCAGACCCAGGAAGCUCCUGGGAGGAGCUGCGUGCUUGCCGCCAGAGGAUGGGGCUCCUCGCCAAGCAGCAGGAGAGCGUGGUGGCCGGCCUGGCCACGGAGAGAGCCGCUGGCAACAUGAGCGCCAUGUGGCACAUCGAGAUCCAGGAGAGGCAGCUGGAGGACGCCUGCAGGUCGGCCCGAGUGGAGGCCCCGGCUGCCAGGAAGUGCCUCCAGGAGAGGGGGGCCUCGGGGAAGGCAGAGCGGAACCGGCUGCUGCGGGUGCGGAGCGCCAUGUGGCACAUCGAGAUCCAGGAGAGGCAGCUGGAGGACGCCUGCAGGUCGGCCCGAGUGGAGGCCCCGGCUGCCAGGAAGUGCCUCCAGGAGAGGGGGGCCUCGGGGAAGGCAGAGCGGAACCGGCUGCUGCGGGUGCGGAGGUCCACGUACCUGCAGAAGGAGCACGGGCUUAGGCCCCAGAAGCUGGUGGAAGAUGCCCAGAAGAACCAUCGGAAGGCCGUGAAGUUCCUGAAGGCCUCCCUGGGGAGGAUCCGCAAGCAGGAGCGGAGAGAGGAGCUGGAGAGCCGCGAGCACGCGCGCCGCCGCAUGGACGCCGUGCUGGCCCUGAAGAGCAGUAUCUCCGCCAACCGGGAGACACUCCGGAAAUUUCAAGCAUGGGGCCAGGCCAAGGCAGAGCUGGCGGAACAGAAGGCCCAGGCCGAGAAGGAGAUGAUUCUGGCCCAAGGUGGGGACGCUUUCAAGCACUUUUGCCACCAACGCCGGCGCCAGGAGCUGGAGGCCCAGAAUUGCGCCUUCGAGGAGGAGCAGAAGCUCAGGAAGCACGAGAUUGUGAGUCGGAUCUUGAAGGAGGAGGCCGAGGAGGCCAGGAGGAAGCAGAGGCCCUCGCCCGCCAGACCCGCGGGCCGGCCGAUCCUGAGAGACCAGACCCAGAGCUACGUGGCCGCUUUCCAUGCCGGGAAGGGCCUGCUGUUGCGUUCCUCUCCCCAGCUCCAGGAGGGCAGGUCUGCGUUACCCCAAGCCUCUCUGCUGGUGAAGGCCGUGUCCAGUGAGUCCAUCCAGGUGGGCAGGGGGAGCCUUGGCCGGGAGGCGGGGACGCUGUCUCGGCCGGAGAUCCCCGGGCUCUGGAAGGAGGACUGCAAGCCGUACCAGGUGCCCAAGGAGGAUGUGGGCCAGAAGCCCAUGGGCGGAACGAAGACCGACAAGGACAUCCUGGCGCACACUGUGCAACAGCUGCGCCGCGGGGUGACCCACAAGCAGGUGGCAUCCAGGCGCGAGUUCAGAGGGUGUCCCUUCAACAGCAAGCCCAAGCUCGUCCACUUCAAGGACUUUGAUAUCGGCAAAGUGUACAAGAAAAAGAUCACGCUGAUUAACGCCACCUACAGGAUUAACUACUGCAAGCUGGUGGGCGUGGAGGAGCGCCUCAGGGACUUCAUCCACAUCGACUUUGACCCCCCUGGGCCCAUGCCAGCCGGCAUGUCCUGUGAAGUGCUUGUCACCUUCAAGCCCACGGUAAACAAAGAUCUGGAAGGAAACGUCUCGUUUCUGGCUCAGACGGGCAGGUUUUCCGUUCCACUGAAAUGUUCAGCGAAGAAAUGCUCCCUGUCCCUCGACAAGGAGCUCAUCGACUUCGGCAGCUAUGUGGUGGGUGAGGCUGCAUCCCAGACCAUCACGCUGACCAACCUCGGGGGCUUGGGUACCAGGUUCAAGUUUCUCCUGGCAUCAGAGUGCUGUGAGGUGGACACGUCCCCGUCGGUCCUCAACACAAGCAGUAGCUUUACGUAUGAAGACAAAGGUUUUGACAGUAAAGUCGCCACCAGUUUUUCCGAGCAGCUGACGGUGGGCAACAACAUGACUGUCUAUCUAGAAUAUCUCAAAGAAUCCCCCAAAAAAUCAGAGGGAGUGACCUUGACCACCAUCGUGACUGUACCUCCCACCGAGGAACAGACGGAGUUCUCACUGGGAGAGAUAACAGAGGGGCAGAUUGGCCCCUUCAGCUCCAUCAAAGUGCCCGUCAUCUUCACCCCGAUCGUCCCAGGAACGGUCUCCACCAGGUUCAAGGUCGUGUUUAAGAAUCAGCAGUGCCCGACUUUAUAUUUCAAAGUCGCCGGUGUUGCUAUCGACGUGCCAGUCUGGGUGCCAAAGCCCAACGUAGACCUAAAGAUCUGCAUGUACGACCGGCUGUAUCAGGACUCCAUCCUUGUCCAAACACGGUCGAAGGCCGCCCUGCGCCUGAACUUCGAGGUGUGCAAGGGGCUGCAGGGCCACCUGGAGCUCCUGCCCAAGACCGGCUGCAUCCAGGCCCUGUCGUCCUACUCGGUGCGGCUCAAGUUCCUGCCCAGACGCUCCCUCCCCGAAGAUGCUGGCAAGUAUUUUGACAAGGAAAGCAGAGUCCUGGAGGCCCCGAUGACUAUCCGGGUGGCUGGCCAGACCAAACCCGUGGGGUUUACUGUCCACGCCAUAGUCACCACCUCGGACCUGGAACUCAGCCCCGCGGGGGUGGACUUCGGCUACUGCACCAUCUACGAGGCCAUCAGGACCCAAGUCAGCCUCUGCAACCACUCCCUCCUGCCCCAGGAGUUUGGGUUCAUCGGGCUCCCCAAGUUUGUGGACAUCCAGCCCAAUGAUGGGUUCGGGACAAUCCUGCCGCUGGAAACUCUGCAACUCGACGUAAUCUUUCAGCCCACCAAGGCCAAGGAGUACAACUUCGAGCUCGUCUGCAAGUCAGAGAUUAACCGGUGCUUCAAGCUGACGUGCCGGGCUGUGGGUGUCCACCCGCUCCUGGAGCUGUCCCACUACCAGGUCAAGUUUGCGGCCACCUCCUUGUACAACACGUCGGUGGCCACCCUGUACGUCAUCAACUCCCGCCUGAGUAUGAACUUGCCAACGCCCUCGGUACCCCGCAUCGGCUCGGAGGACGCAUCCCCCGUGGGGCCCACAUCUUUCGAGUUCCUGCUGCCCCCAGACUCCCCCAUCACCAUCUCACCCUCGGUGGGCACCGUGUGGCCAGGAAAGAGGUGCCUAGUGCGGGUGGCCUUCCGGCCCGUGCUGCCCAGCGAGCUGAUCCACCAGGAAGCCUUACAGGCCCUGACCAAAGAAGCUGAGGCCAAAUCGGGAGCCGCUUGGAGUUUGGGCCCCUGGGUUCCUGCCCUGGGCGGUCUGCCGGGAGCAGAGUCCCCGGCGCAGCCCCACAGUUGGCCUCCCACCUCGCACUCCCAAAAGGACACGGCCACCCAGAGGAAAGACCAGCAGAGACGGUCCUUCCCCAUACUGCAGCUGCAGAACCGAGACCGGCUGUUCCAGGCCUCUGCCUCCCAGCCCCUGGAGCUGCAGAAAGAGGACCUCACGUCCAGCUCCCAGGAGUACCAGGCUGCGCAGGCCACCCUGACCAGAUCUUUCCAGGGGAAGUUUGACAAGUUUGUGGUCCCCUGUGUUGUUGCCAGUGGUGACACCAAAGACAGGAAGGGGACAGAACCCCUGAGCUUCAGUCCCCACAACACCAUGUACCUGGAGCUGUGGUGUCCAGCGGUAGCACCAUCCAUUGUGGUGACGUCCGACAAAGGCAAGACCAUCGCUGACUUCGGCGACAUCGCUGUAGGACAACGCGGCAUAAAGAAGGUCUCCAUCCAGAACAUCUCCCCCGAGCGUCUUGACGUAUCCUUGUCCAUACCUGGCCCAGGCAGCCUGCUGCAGGGCGACAGGGGCGUCUGCAAGCUGGCGUCUGGAGAGACCCAGGUCCUGGAGCUGUCCUCCUCCCCCCGUGAGAGCGUCCUGGCCCAGGAAAUGCUGGAGAUCAUCACCAAGAGAGGCACGCUCUCCCUGGCCCUCGUGGGCACAGGCGUGGCAUCCGUGACCACGUGCUCGAUUGAAGGAGACGUUCUCAACAUGGGCUACGUGAUCGCCGGAGAAUCCACCUCUGCGGGUUUCAAGGUAAAGCGUGUGGCGGGGACACGGCGCCUGCCCUGCCUCCUGGGAGGGGUCGUGCCCCAGGAGGGGGUCAUCCCUGCCUUGGUCGGGGAGCCGCUGCAAAACAAUUCCCCGCUGCCCAUCAAGUUCUCCAUGCAGUUGGACAGCCUCUCCACCAGGAGCGGAGACGAGCACCGGCUGCCGCAGUUCCUGGCCUCCCCGGCCCAGAGGACGGAAGUUGUUGGCACGCAGAACUACAGCGGCCAGAGCGUGUUCAGCGUGGUCCCGGUGGAGGGCGUCAUGGAGCCGGGCAGCGUGCAGGGCUUCACCGUGACCUUCAGGCCAGACCAUGAGAGCCUGCACUUCUCUGACCGGCUUCAGGUCGUGCUCUUCGAAAAGAAAAUCUCCCACCAGAUCCUCCUGAAGGGCUCGGCCCGCGAGCACAUGAUGUUUGUGGAAGGUGGAGACCCCCUGGACGUGCCUGUGGAGUCCCUGACCGUGAUCCCUGCCUUGGACCCCGAGCACACAGAGGAAGCUGAGGAGCUGAAGCCCAUCCUGGUAACCCUGGCCUAUGUCCAGUUGGACACGGACACGCCGGCCCCACCUGCCACCCGAGAACUGCAGGUGGGCUGCAUCCGGACCACCCAGCUGUCCCCAAAGAAGACUGUCGAGUUCAGCCUGGACAGCAUCGCGUCCCUGCAGCACAAGGGCUUCACCAUCGAGCCCUCCAAGGGCUUUGUGGAGCGCGGCCAGACCAAGGCCAUCAGCAUCUCCUGGAUGCCACCCAUCGACUUUGAUGUAGGUGCCCUGGACGGCGGCCAGGGAGCCUUCGAGAGCCACAGGCUGGGCAGGAUGACAGCCCUGCCCCCACCCAGGGAGGGGACUGCGGGGGGUCCCUGGGCGGGUGAGCCGGACCACCCACUCAUGGUGUCAGCCCUGCUGCAGCUCAGGGGGGACGUGAAGGAGACCUACAAGGUCCUCUUUGUAGCGCAGGUGGUGACCGGCCCCUGA